CCUAAAUCAAGAGCGGGAAGAAAUAAAAGUGAAAGCAAAGAUCAAAAUCAUUGACAACAAAAGGUUUCGCCUUUUACAAUUGCAAACGUAAAACAACAGAAGUUCUAAUGAUCAACUAAAGUAGCAAUCAACACAUUGCUUAUUAAAGUAUUGUUUAGUGUAUGGAGGCACCUGAUUUGAACGGUAUGGAGGAAUUUUUAGAUCAAGACAGUCGACUCAGUGAAAGCACUUGUCAAGAUUCUGAGUUUGGUUUACAGUCAGAAGUCCAGGGUGGUGGAAAUGAUGAUUCUCUGUUGUCAUCAAGUGGUAGGGCUGUUUCUAAAAGAAGCACCAGAGGGAAGAGGAGGGCUGCGGAUCAAGAGAAAAACCAGGGGGCUUCAAAGAGAGGAAAGAAUGAUGUGAACACAACACAAAAGCUGCCAUCACAUGGAUACCCUCUUGAGCAUCCUUUUAAUAAGGAUGGUUAUCGAUACAUAUUGGCAGAAACGGAUCCUCAUGCUGAGCGCUCAAACUUUGAGUUGGAUUCAUGGGCUGGCAAGCCGAUUCCUGGUGAAAUCUACCGAGUGGCCUUGCCUCAAAGUGUUUAUCUUGCCUUGCAUGACCGAGCUCCUCAGCUCAAAAUCUCAGACGAUCGUCAGUAUGUCACAGGAGAGAAGGGUUAUGCGAUGGUGAGAGCUACACAUGGUGUGACAAAAGGGAUUUGGUAUUUCGAGUGUUCAGUUGAGGAGAUGCCCCCAGAAUCAGCUUUGCGAGUCGGAUGGUCUCAGAUUUACGGCAAUUUACAGGCACCUCUUGGCUAUGACAAAUUUGGAUACUCGUGGAGAAGUAAAAAGGGUACUAAGUUUCAUCAGAGUCGUGGAAAACAUUAUUCGUCUGGAUACGAACAAGGUGACGUCAUAGGCUGUCUUAUCCGUUUACCUCAGAAAGAAGGCAUCUCUUCUCUUCUACCAGACACGUUUAAAGACAGGGCACUGAUUAAAUUUAAAAACCAUUUGUAUUAUGAAGAUAAAGAUAUGGUUGAAAAAGCCGAAAAGAGUUUAAAAGAAUUAGAGGGAAGUGAGAUUGAAUUCUUCAAGAAUGGCAAAUCUCAGGGAAAAGCUUUCCAGAAUGUAUUUUGUGGUGCCUACUAUCCAGCAAUAUCACUGUAUAAAAAUGCCAUGGUGUCCUGUAAUUUUGGACCAGAUUUUCAGUACCCACCAGAAGACUGUGAAUAUAAAGCGAUGUCUGACAGAGUGUUCGAAAUGGAAGUUGAACAAGCUCUUGCUGAUGUUUUGUACCUCACUGCCUUUGAAGUAGAUAAGCAGGACGAUUUCUCUCAAACAAACAAUGCAAAAAAGAAAACCUAAAAAAGUUGUUUCUAAAUAAACAGCUAUGUAAAUAUUUUGUAGAAAUUCAUUUUGAUGUAAGCGCGGUCUAUAAAUUGUCAAUAUCUGAUAAAUCUAGGUUUUAUUUUUUGUAAGAUCCCCAGUGACACUCAUAUCCUGCACGAAAUGGUUUGCUAUUUGAAUUCAGAUAGCACUCCAAGUGCCCUGUCAAUAAUGGGGUAAUGUGCUUUAAUGUGAGACUGAAAAAUCAACAAAAUAUUCUGUCCAUCAGAAUUUUGAAACUUGUUGCUUCCUAUUUUUAGUCUCUUCAACCCAACCUUAGUUUAAAACUUUUACUUUCUCAACUUUCUAGCAAAGGUGUUGUUGCAAAACAUAACCUUCUUUAAUGAAAUGAAUUUUUUGUGAAUUUCAAUGUCAUGGAAAUUUCAAUCCUCAAAUUUCAUUCAAACAACAUUAUUAUUAGUGUGCACAACAAAAACCUUUUCUGCUGGCCUUUGUUUCUACUCUUCCCUUCAAAGUAGCUAUAUAUGCAUCUAAGACACAAGCGACGGGACCUGGAUAUAAUUGUAUGAUAUUUUCAGUAAGACAAGUUUUCUUCAAUAUUCUCUAAAACACAUGAAACAAAUUGAUUAUGGGUUUUUGAGAUUGUCAUAGAUACAAGAGAACUCAUUUUUUAUCUAAAAAUAAUAAUGAUAAUCUACAUCAUACAAUGUAUAGUGAACAGUGAUGUUGGUUAUAUCUGACUUAAAUAUGGUAUGUUCUCGAAUUGAGAAAUAACUGCUUUUUCUGGUGACAAUAUCUUACUAAAUAGAGUAAUUGGAGUUUUUCCCCUUCAGCCUCCCUAGUGAUUUUAGACCUCAAAUAUCCAGUAAGCAUGCACAAAUACUUCAAUCUCUUUUUAAACAAAUAUGUCCCUUUUGUUGGCAAAAUAUUACUUUAAAUCUCUGUAACUUCCUUGAAUUCAAGUUGUAAAUGUUUCAGCUGAAUCUUUUUGCCACAAGUAUUUGAAAUAACAGUCUAUAUGCAUUCCUUAAAAAAAUUAUCAUAGGAACACUUGGGUUGUUGCUAAAUAAGCAUUUUCUAUUCAACAAGAUUCUAUCCACAGGUAACAUGUAAAAAACAGGAAGAAACAAUUUUUGUAUGUAUGCUUUCAAUAUUUGUUAUGUAUGCUUUCUGUAUAAUUUUGCCUUUAAAGAUUGUCUGGCUUUUGUAGAGAUGACAAGAUUAAUUGAACAUUUGAACAACAGUCAAGAGUUUUAUAAUAUUAAUAAUAUUCAUAAACAUUUUAUUAAUAUUACAUUUCUGUAUAAUUUUAGAUCUGAUAACUUAAAGAAGCAUAGCAAUAGUCAAUGAAUAUUGACAAUUGCUCUGAAAGCAGUCGUUUUGAUGGAAAUGUCAACAAAUCAACCAUAAUUAACAAUAUGAUCAUUUAUAUAAUUAUACCAAUAUUUCACUUGAACCAAAUCAACACUUGAGUUUGAUUCCUAUGGAGGCAUUUAUUGUUGAUGAAAUCAGACAUGCUAGAACCGGGGGCUGCAGGGGCUAUAUCACUUUUCUCCUAAACAAUUAUAUUCAGUUAGUGGCAUCAAAGAUGAUAGGAAAGAACUACUAUAAUAGGCAUGCAGGAGCUAGGGGGCUGGCUGGGCUGUAGCCCCCCACUUUUUUGCUAAAGUACGAUAUCAAAGUUAUGGCAUCAAAUAUAAUGGCGACAAACUAUGAAAGAAGCCCCCCACUUAUCUAGAGCCCCCUCCCACUUUUCUAGAGCCCUUUUCUCUUAUAUGUGCUCCAAUGUCCCUGAAAAUGGGUGGUAAAACAAAGUAGCUAUCCAAUUUUCUUUUAGCAAUGUUAUGAACUGUUGUGAAUUCUUAUAUUUCAGGGUAAGAUGGUAUAUUUUCCAAAUAGGAAUCUAAAUUCACAACCCAAAAAGGUUUGUACAACAACCUCUUCAAAUACUUUAAUUUAACUUAUUCUGAAGUUGCAUAUUUCAGGGAGUUGGGCCAUGUUAGCCAAGUUUUGCAGGGGUAAGCAAAGUUUCACUGGCCAUUUAAAUGAUUAAAUGUUAAAACUCUUGUUGUAUGACUUGUGGUUCUUGCUCUUGUUCCCAUUCAUGAAAUUUGUAUAUAAGGUUAUUUAUUUCAUAUUUCAAGCGGAAUUUAGCACUCUUUUUCAUUGCUUUAAGUUCACUGGCAACCAUCAUCCCAAAGAUAUCAUCUGCAUCUUUGUUUGGUCCUAUUGAUGCUGAUGAUGUUGCAGUGGAAAAUGACGAUGAUGCUGAGGUUAUUGGCAUUUCUUCCAGUGUGUUGCUCAUUGUUAGCACACUGGCUGGCUCACUUUCACAAGUUGUCGCUUGAGGCAUUUUGUCAUCUGAGACCCUCUUUUUCUUUAUUGGUACACUUGAAAUCAUUACCUUGUGGCUAGAUGUGGCUGUUAUGGGAAUUGGUUUGCUAUAAACACCUGGCUGUUUAGGAUUAAUGACUAUGAUUCCAGGGUCACAAUCUUCAUUAAGAUUGACCCCAUCAUGGCUGUCAUCUCCUGUGCCAGUUACCUCGUUGGCGCUUGUGUCAUUUUCUUCUUUCUGGUGCAAAUGAUCAGUUUUGAAUUUUUUCCUCAUUGCAGAUCUUUUCUUAUUGGGUUUCCUUAACCUUAAAUGAGCAUUAAGCCAG